AUGGGAAGCGCUGAAGAGAGUAGUCUAGUGAGCCGUGUAGGUGGUAGCUGCUUUUACGAUGCGACUACGCACGUCUGGUCGGGAUUGCGCCGAUCGGCGAUGUACAACCCCGAUCAGAGCCUCGGUCAGCUGGUGCUCUCCGUGCUGGAGCGUUCCGACCCGGACCAUCCGAGCCAGAUUUCGGCCGACAUCGACGGUGGCCGGGUGGUGACCUGUGGGGAGAUGUACCGGCGCACGGUGUGCAUCGCCCAGCGUCUAAUACAGCUGGGCUACGGCCAACAGGGCACGAUGGCGGCGUUGGCCUCGCGUAAUGGCGAACACGCAGCGCCGGUGAUGUUCGCCUGCUUCGCCCUCGGCAUUCCCGUCAACACGCUCGAUCCGGCGUUCACCGCGGCGGACUUUAGCCACAUGUUGUCUAUCACCAGGCCACAGCUGGUGUUCUGCGAGAGCCACAUAUUGGACGUGAUGCGCGAAGGAGCUGCCACGGCCGGCAUCGAUCCAGUGUACAUCCUGUUCGAGGAGCAUCGCGUCGGCUAUCGCCAUGUGGACGAGUUGCUCGAGUCAACCGGAACGGAGCAGUCGUUCGUAGCACCGACGCUCGAUGAUGCCGGUAAGAGCCUGGCGGUGAUCCUGUGCUCGUCUGGCACGACAGGUCUCCCGAAGGGUGUUUGCUAUACGCACGCGUUCUGCAUCACCAACCUGCCUACGCUGUGGCGGUCGUGCCCGAGCGACCGAGUGUUGGCGUUCAGCUCGCUCUACUGGCUGUCCGGGUUCGCGUCCCUCAUCAUCGGCACCGUUUCGCAGGGGACACGCGUCAUCACCCGCGACCCGUUCGACCCCUCGCUAGCUCUCGAGCUCCUGCAACGUCAUCGCGUCACCAUCGGGUUCUUCUCGCCCUACCAGUCCAACCUGCUGGUGCGGGAGCCUCCGCUGUCGACGGCGGACCUCUUGGCGCUCCGGUUGCUACUCUGCGGGGGUGCGCGCGUCUCCACCGAGCUGUACCGGGCCCUCCGGGCCAAACUUCCCGCCCACACGGCCCUGCAGAUCGGGUACGGCAUGUCGGAGUCGUGCCUGGUGACCCUCACCGACGGCCGGUCGUACCGGGACGACUGCGUCGGCACACUCCAACCCCGAACCGAGGCGAAGAUCGUGGCCGAUGUCGACGGUCCGGCGCUUCCUCCGGGCCGCCAGGGUGAGAUUUUGCUGCGCGUCCGCGUCCCGUUCGCCGGGUACUACGGCAACCCGGAGGCCACGGCCGACACGAUCACCCCGGACGGCUGGAUACGCACCGGCGACAUCGGCCACUUCGACGCCGACGGCCACCUGUACAUCGUCGACCGGAAGAAGGACAUCAUCAAGUACGCCGGCUUCCAGAUUUCGCCCGCCGAGCUGGAGGCGCUCGUCCGCCUCGUACCGGGUGUGCUCGACUGCUGCGUGGUGGGCGUCCCGGCCGAGGGUUGCGACCUGCCGGCGGCGGUGGUGAUGCGCGCCCCUGGCCCGGCCGGAGAUUCCGUCGACGGGACGCAGGUGGAGGAGUUCGUGCGCGCGCGGGUCGCCGACUGGAAGCGGCUGCGGGGCGGUGUCUACUUCACACCGUCGCUACCCCUGACGCCCUCCGGCAAGGUUGUGCGUCGGAAAUGUCUCGAGUUGGCACUGGCACAAGCAGGGCGCAUCAACACAUAA